GUGCCGCGUCCUCCACCCACUCAUCCACUGGGCCACCCGCAUUCUUCGGGAAGAGGAACAAUGGGGAUGAAUGGGCUGGAGGGAGAGAGUGGAAAGGAGAGAGGUCGGGUACGAGCAGCGGUACUGUACAGUACAUCGCUGUCCUUCCUUCCAAGAGACCAGAAACGGACUUCCAUCCAACCCCGACUCAUGAAUGCAUUGUGACCGACACACAGGCUACCAGCUCAAUCAGCUGUACCGAUCGCCGUCGGAGCUUGAUCUAUCAAGCUGGACAAUUGAUGUGUCCCAUCCACUGCAGCACUCGGUCCAGUCCGGACGCUUGGUCAACUGUCAAGCCCCAGCUGCACGUGAGGCUCACCGUCCGAUAGAUGACCCCAUCAUGGCAUGAGGAUCCGAAGAUCGUAAGUCUGUUCCU